AUGAAGUCGUCCCUGAGCGCAUCUUAUGCGAGCCACCUCACGUCGCUGACGAUUGCGCUCUAUUUGGCAGGCACUGUUCAAGCCUCCAACAAAUGCGCACCCGCAACAUGGCUGGCGGGACAGUUUAAAGCAAGAGGGAUUGAUACUGGCACUAGUUCACUCCCUAGCAGCGCGUCGCCGUCCGGUGUGGGAACCUCCAGCUCCAGGUCCAGUUCGAUGGACGUGUCCGUGUCGAUGAGCCCCCUCCUCUCUGGCGGUGAUAUUACUGCAGGCGAGGUCAACUGCCGAUACUCGGCCAGCACCAAGGGCAUGGAUAUCAACUACUACUCCUGCAUGGCACUGGCAACCAAAUACGGCAUCAGCAUCGAGAAAUUCUUCCAGCUGAAUCCUGCACUACAUCCCGACUGCGGGAAUAUUCAAGGCGAUACAGAUUAUUGCGUAGAUGGCUUCAUUGAACCUGUCCGAGCCACCAACGGACUCUGUGGGCCAGCCAAUGGCAAUGCGACUUGCCUUGGAACAGAGUUCCAGUGCUGCAAUGCGAGAACCUGGACAUGCGGCAACUCUCAAGCGGACUGCGCAGAUGGAACGUGCUACGAGGGGGCAUGCGCUGGAGAUGCCGUGUUUACCACGAACGGCGAGUGCGGUCGCCAGCACGGCUACAAGCAGUGCGUGGGGAUCUGGGGCGACUGUUGCAACGCCGAGGGCAAGUGCGGCACUGGCGAGUCCUUCUGCGGAUACGGCAAGUGUCAACUUGGCAAUUGCAGAGUCGUCCUCCAACCCCCGAAGGUAGGCGGACUGACUCCGGACGGCACCUGCGGCGGCAAGUACCAAUACAAGUGCAACAUCGCUUAUGGCGAGUGCUGCAACAAAUAUGGCAUGUGCGGUUCGCAGCCGCCGGAUUGUGGGAUAGGAUGUCAACCACUCUUCGGUAAUUGUGCUUCCCCGGCCGCCUCAACAACGUCAAAUCAGCCAUCCAGCGUGCCUGCAACUACUACCACGUCAGCAAACUUGCCCAGUACCUACAUUCCUACUGAAACCGAUCUCCCUUCGUGUGGCCAACUGUGUUUCAAAAAUAUGCUUGCUCAGCACUCCGCUCUGGGAUGUGACGCACAGAACGCAUACUGCAUGUGCAACAACGUCGACUUCAGCAAUGGUCUGCGCGACUGCUCAAAUGGUGCCUGCGGACAAGAGGUCGCCAGCACUGUCAUUGCGUUUGGCAAAUCAUAUUGCUCUGCCGCAUUUGCCAGCCACACGGCUCCGGCCACCGCCACUGGUAUUAGCUCCCUGCCCUCUUGUGGUCAGACUUGCUUCAACAACAUGCGUGGUCAGUACUCACAGCUCGGCUGCGGCAGUCCCGACCCGUAUUGUCUAUGCAGCAAUACCAAUUUCAGCAACGGUAUCCGUGACUGUUCAAACGCUGCCUGCGGGACAGAUGUUGCCCGCACUGUGAUUGCAUUUGGCCGCGAGUAUUGCUCCGCCGCGUCUGCCAGCCAUUCGGCUCAAGCCACAGCCCAACCAACCGUUGCAUUCCAAGUCCAGCCUCACCUUAGCACAGACUGCGACGGCGAUUCGGAUAUUGCUCUCGUUGACUUCCAAUCCGGCUCAAAUGGUAGAUGCAUCAAUCUCGCCUGCCAUGCUGCAAGUCUCGGCAUUCAUGCCGCAGGUGAUUGUCCUGAUGGACAUGUUCAGCUGAGCUACUGGCAAGAGUCCGACUGCUCUGGCGAAUGGUAUGGCUACGGGUACGCCAGCAGAAACACAUGUCGGGUCCUAUGGUCCGGCGGGUUAAUGUUCAAGUCCCUAUGGAUGAAGUGCAUGGCGCCCAGCGAUGACUGCGUCACUAAGGGCACAUGUGUGCCUAAUGCAGAGCCUAAGGUUGGCAUCUGUGAGAAACCAGCAGUUGCAUUUCGCUUGCAGAGCCGCUACCACACGGACUGUACUGGGGAAGUGCAUGACAAUGUUGUGGUGAACUCUGGCUCGAACGGCAUGUGCGUCGAAACUGACUGCAUGGUGGGUAGCCUAGAUAUUGCUGGCGUUGGGGACUGUCCAGAUGACAACGUGCAGCUUAGCUACUGGGGGGAGAAGGGCUGCACGGGUGAGUGGUAUGGCUAUGGAUAUGGGAGUAGGGGCACAUGCCGACAUCUUUGGUCUGACGGGAACAAGUUCCGGUCGCUGUGGGUAAAGUGUGCGAAGGAGAGUGAUGACUCGUGCGCUGUAACAGCUAAAAACGAGCGGCUAUUAGCUGCCGCGAAGCGCCUCUAA